AUGGUGAACAACCGAGUGCCGUCGGUCUUUUCGAAGACAUACGUAACCCCACGUCGUCCUUUUGAGAAGGCGCGUCUUGAUCAGGAAUUAAAGAUCAUCGGUGAAUAUGGUCUGAGGAACAAGCGCGAGGUAUGGAGAGUAAAGUACACAUUGGCUAGGAUCCGUAAGGCUGCCCGUGAGCUUCUAACCUUGGAAGAGAAAGAUCCCAAGAGAUUGUUUGAAGGUAACGCGCUUCUUCGUCGUUUGGUACGUAUUGGAGUGCUGGAUGAGAAGCAAAUGAAGCUUGAUUACGUCUUGGGUUUAAAGAUUGAAGAUUUCUUGGAACGUCGUCUUCAAACGCAAGUUUUCAAAGCUGGACUGGCUAAAUCUAUUCAUCAUGCCAGGAUCCUCAUUAGGCAGAGACAUAUACGUGUUCGCAAGCAAGUUGUAAACAUCCCAUCAUUCAUUGUCCGUCUGGACUCUGGUAAACACAUUGACUUCUCUCUCAAGUCACCAUUUGGAGGUGGCAGACCUGGACGUGUUAAGAGGAAGAACCUCCGCAAGGGACAAGGUGGUGGUGCUGCUAAUGAUGAGGAGGAAGAUUAA